GCAUCUCUUCAUGUUUCUCUGGGGGAUACCUGCGGAUCUCCAGCGCACAGACAGGGAUCUUUACGCACGCGCUGGAGGAGAGAAGGUUUUUGGGGAUGAAGACAUCAAGGUGGGAGACCUAAGGGGAGGGGCCACGUCUCGCAAUGGCACCUUCUGAUCGAGUAGGGAUAAGAAAAUUACGCAAUCGGAAGAUAAUUAUAUAACCCUGUCGCCUAACAACCGGACAUAAAAACUCGCAAACCCCAGAGACUGUGAUUGACGGGCGCACUGCGAGGCUCCGUAUAUAAGAGGAGGGAGCACAGAGCUUCAGUCACUGUUGCGCCUCAGGUCUGCCAGACUGGAUGUAGAGCGCCAAAGCGGACCAAAAAAACCCAUUACGCAGGGGGAGAUACUGGGGAUACCACUGCUAAUUCAAUGGUCCCUGGAUUCGAACCAUCAUAUCAUCCGUAAUCAUUUCAUUUCAUCGUUGCUGGUGGAUGUUUGCUUGAAUUUUGUUCUUUAUCUCUAUUCAAUUGCACAGGAGAAAUGAAACUGUGGAGAAGUCUCUUUUUGUUGUUUUUAUCUGUGUUCCAUCAAGCAACAUCUCAAGAUGAAGAACAGUUGGAUGAGACAUCAUUUGACUUAUUUGAAAUCAGUCGUAUCACACGCAAGACUCUGGGGGCCAAACAAUUUCGGGGCCAAAAUUUAGAUGCUCCUGCCUACCGCUUCAUCCGCUUUGACUAUCUGCCUCCAGUAGACCCCCCCAUACUCAAACAAAUCCUGGAACAGAUCCAGAACAAUGAGGGCUUUGUCUUUGUGGCCAGCAUGCGGCAGGAUCGCACCUCACGGGGCACUCUGGUGGCUCUGGAGGGUCCUGGUGACAGGCGACAGUUCGAGAUCAUAUCCAAUGGACCGGCCAACACUCUGGAUCUGGUGUACUGGAUGGAUGGCUCUCAGAACGUGGUCUCAUUCGAGGAUGUGGACCUAGCUGACUCUCAGUGGAAAAAUAUCACCCUUCACAUUAAUGGGGAGAACGCAAACCUUUUUGUGGGCUGCCACCUGAUAGACAGCUUUGUCCUGGAUGAGCCGUUCUAUGAGCACCUGCGGGCUGAAGGGAGUCGCAUGUAUGUCGCAAAGGGAUCCAACCGAGAAAACCACUUUAGGGGCCUUCUUCAAAGUGUACGUUUCAUCUUUGACACGCCGGUGGAAAACGUUCUCCAGGGCAGAGGCUGUGAGGUCAUAAAGCAAGAUGAUCCCAACAUUGUGAGAGAGAGCACUGAAGUGAUAGACGUGAGCCCCUCCAUCACCACCAACGUCAUAGGUCAGAAGACGGACGACCUUGGCUCGGAUAUGUGCGAACGCUCCUGUGAGGAACUUAGCACCAUGUUCCACGAGCUGAAAGGACUGCGUGUUGUUGUUAGUAACCUCAUCGACGGUUUGCAAAAAGUGACAGAGGAGAACACGGUCAUGAAGGAGGCCCUCGGGAGAAUGAAAGAGACUAAGGAGAAAAACAUGUGCUGGCAGGAUGGUCGCCUGUUUGAGGAUAAGGAAGACUGGGUUGUAGACAGCUGCACCAAAUGUACCUGCCAGGAGUCCAAGAUUGUGUGUCAUCAAAUUACAUGUCCUCCCGUGGCCUGUGCUAGCCCCUCAUUUGUUGAUGGCGAAUGCUGUCCCGUGUGCAUGCCAAUGGACAGUGAAGAUGGCUGGUCCCCGUGGUCAGAGUGGACAGAGUGCACCGUCACCUGUGGGAUAGGAACUCAACAGAGGGGUCGGUCUUGCGACGCUACCAGCAACCCUUGCACCGGACCUUCAAUCCAGACUCGGAAGUGCAGCCUGGGCAAAUGUGAUAGCCGUGUUCGUCAAGACGGAGGGUGGAGUUUGUGGUCGCCAUGGUCGUCUUGCUCCGUGACGUGUGGGGAAGGACAAAUCACCAGGAUACGCCACUGCAAUGCUCCUGUGCCUCAGCUGGGGGGCAAAGACUGUGAGGGCAGCGGAAGGGAGACUCAGAGCUGCACUGCCAAGCCAUGUCCGAUUGAUGGUGGAUGGGGGCCGUGGUCCCCAUGGGCUAGCUGUUCUGCAACCUGUGGAGGAGGCAUAAAGAGUCGUACACGUGAGUGCAACAGCCCUCAACCUCAGCACGGCGGCAAGAAGUGCCUUGGGGAAGCGAGUGACAGUGACACUUGUAACAAGGAGGACUGUCCUAUUGAUGGGUGCCUGUCUAACCCCUGCUUUGCUGGAGUGGACUGCAGCAGCUCUCCAGACGGGUCUUGGGAGUGUGGUCCAUGCCCGGCUGGUUUUCGUGGAAAUGGUACCCAUUGUGAUGACAUUAACGAGUGUGACCUUGUGUCUGACGUUUGCUACAAAGUAAGUGGAACACAGCGAUGUGUCAACACCGAUCCAGGUUUCCACUGCCUGCCCUGUCCAAAGCGAUACAAGGGGACCCAGCCUUUUGGCAUGGGUGUGGAGGCUGCCAAGACAAACAAACAAGUUUGUGAGCCAGAGAAUCCAUGCAAAGACAAAACCCACAGCUGUCACAAAUUCGCAGAAUGCAUUUACAUUAGCCAUUUCAGUGACCCGAUGUACAAGUGUGAGUGUCGAACCGGUUAUGCCGGGGACGGCUUCAUUUGCGGCGAAGACUCAGACUUGGACGGAUGGCCCAAUCAGAACCUUGUGUGUGGAGCCAACACCACCUACAACUGCAAGAAGGAUAACUGUCCUGAUUUACCAAAUUCUGGACAAGAGGACUUAGACAGAGAUGGCCAAGGAGACGCUUGUGAUAAGGAUGAUGAUAAUGAUGGAAUCCAGGAUGAAAGGGACAACUGCCCUCUCCUCUACAAUCCACGUCAGUUUGAUUUUGACAAGGAUGAAGUUGGUGACCGCUGUGACAACUGCCCGUAUGAAGACAAUCCGGCACAGAUUGAUACCGAUCACAAUGGAGAAGGAGACGCCUGUGCAGUGGACAUUGAUGGCGAUGAUAUUCAUAAUGACAAUGACAACUGCCCCUAUGUUUACAACACUGACCAGAAGGACACAGACAUGGAUGGAGUUGGUGACCAGUGCGACAACUGUCCAUUGCUUCACAACCCUGACCAGUCGGAUAUGGACAAUGACCUGGUUGGUGACCAGUGUGACAAUAAUCAGGACAUUGAUGAAGAUGGUCACCAGAACAACUUGGACAAUUGUCCGUAUGUGGCCAACGCCAACCAGGCUGACCAUGACAAGGAUGGCAAAGGAGACGCAUGCGACUACGAUGACGAUAAUGAUGGCGUUCCUGACGACAAAGAUAAUUGUAGACUCACACCCAAUGCAGACCAGGUGGAUUCUGAUGGUGAUGGAAGAGGGGAUGCCUGCAAAGACGACUUUGACAACGACAGCAUCCCAGAUAUCCUAGAUGUUUGUCCGGAGAACAAUGCCAUCAGUGUGACAGAUUUUAGGAAGUUCCAGAUGGUCCACUUGGAUCCGAAGGGAACCACUCAAAUUGAUCCCAACUGGGUGGUAAAACACCAAGGCAAAGAGCUAGUUCAGACUGCCAACUCUGAUCCAGGAAUUGCAGUAGGUUUUGAUGAAUUCAGCGCCGUGGACUUCAGUGGAACCAUGUAUGUAAACACAGACAGAGAUGAUGACUAUGCUGGCUUUGUGUUCGGAUACCAGUCGAGUGGGCGUUUUUAUGUGGUGAUGUGGAAGCAGAUCACCCAGACCUACUGGGAGGACAAGCCAUCCAAGGCUUUUGGCAUCUCAGGCGUUUCGCUUAAGGUUGUCAACUCAACCACAGGCACUGGAGAAAACCUAAGAAAUGCUUUAUGGCACACAGGCAACACUCAAGGACAGGUGCGCACUCUGUGGCAUGACCCAAAAAACAUUGGUUGGAAGGAUUACACGGCAUACAGGUGGCAUCUCAUCCACAGACCAAAGACUGGUUUUAUAAGGGUUGUGGUCUAUGAAGGCAAACAGAUCAUGGCUGACUCGGGACCCAUUUACGAUAAGACUUUUGCAGGAGGGAGGUUAGGCUUGUUUGUCUUUUCGCAGGAGAUGGUUUUCUUUUCCGACCUCAAAUAUGAAUGCAGAGAUAAGCCGGAGUUCCCUACAGUGUUCACAAGAUAAAUGAACAAAGGUGGGGGGACAGUUCCAAAAAGGCAAAAGAGAAGACUCCUUAGCAGUAAACCUCACUGCCGAGGCUGUUUCAGCGUCAGUAUGAGACUUUGCACAUUUGCAUGCUUUGCCUUGAUCCAGUAACUGAAGGAGAUAUGAAAAAAGAUUUCCUGCUCACUUGUCAAUUCUUCUUUGACACAAAUUUUUAUGAGAGUGGAUAUAUUUUUAAAAGCAUCUCAAAAAAGCAAUUAUAUUAAGUGUACUUACUCUACUUUUUAAGUUGUUUUGCAACCACUUACAAGAUGUUUCCACGCAAUUAAGAGAGACCCCAUUUGUUGCUUUUUUAAAAUCUUUUACAAAUUAUGUAAAAUAAAUAUGGACCAAAGCUAGAAUCAUCAAUAUUUUCCUGAUUUUUUCUCAUCCCAAUUGUUAUUUUUAAUGCUGAGUUCCAAAGAUGUUUAUAAUAAGUCUGUACUAUAAUUUCUUUUUGUAAAUUAUUUAAGCCUUGCCUUUUUGUUUUGUUUGUUGACAUUUUUUUGCAAGAUUGUAAAUAAUUUAUUUAUUUGUGUACACUGACUCAUAUAUAUGAAUAUCAAAAAUGACAAGAAAACACAUUACCGUAUUUUUGUUUGUUUGUGUGUGUAUUCUGACAUAGCGCCCUGCUAGAUUUCAAAUCUAACAAAUAUAUUGUUACGUUUUGUUUUUUUUGUUUUUUUUAAUUAUGUCUAGAAACCAUUUUCAUUGUUGAGUCUCAUCACCCUCAGAGCUUUGACUCAACAUUUAAGAAAAAGAAAUCAAAUAUAUAUCUGGAAUGUUUGUCUUUCAUGUUCUUUUCAGCUCUGAGUAUCAAAUGAUUUAUCAACACCUGAGAGUCUGAGGUUCAACAGUCAGCAUUUUAAGUGUUGGAUUUGUGACGACUAAAAUUAGAUUAAAAUAAAUAAAAUUAGAAUUUUUCAUAGAGUUAUGAAUAUCAAUAUGGUUAAUCUUUACACAGGAGAAGCGUCCAGAAGGUCUAUGAUGGAGUGACUGUACAGUGUGGAUUGCUGCUGCCUUUUGUUUUAGGUUCUAUCUUUUUUACAAAAAAUGCCCAUAAAUGUUUUGUACACUUAUGUCUUUUAAUACCCAUUUUUUCAGAUAAAGAUGGAUGAAAUUUUCUUUAUUAAUAAACAAAAACUUCUGUACUA